AUGGAGUAUAUCAACGAUCUCGAUUUGGCAGAUGACGUUGUUCUAGUAUCGCAACGGCGCUCUGAUAUGCAGAGUAAGCUCAACUAUCUCGUCGAACGUUCCACAGCGGCGUGUCUCAACAUCAACGUCAGCAAGACUAAAUCGUUGGAUGUCAACGCGGCCAAUCCAUCCAACUUUACGGUAGCUGGUCAGGUAGUGGAUAAAGUUGAAAGCUUUCAAUAUCUUGGCAGCCAGACAGCGUCAGACGGUGGGACCAAGAGCGACAUAGGCGCGCGGAUUACGAAGGCAUGGUCUGCCUUUGCGAGUCUUCGAAAUAUCUGGAGAUCAAAUCAGAUUCGUCUACGCAGUAAGAUCCGAAUUUUCAAUCCAAACGUGAAAUCUGUACUGUUGUACUCCAGCGAAACCUGGGGUAUACCAGCUGAAUGCACGCAAAAGCUGCAGGUGUUUAUCAACCGAUGUCUGCGGUAUAUAAUUCGUGCCUGGUGGCCUGACAAUUGGAUUUCGAAUGCCGAGCUCCAUCAUCGUUGUCAUCAGAAGCCGAUAUUGACUGACAUUCGGGAACGUAAGUGGAUGUGGGUCGGACACUCACUUCGAAAGAGAGGAAACGAAAUCUGCAAGCAAGCGCUGGACUGGAAUCCAGCCGGACAUCGUAGCAGAGGUAGAGCAGAGGCUCAUGGCGGCGGCAACUGA